CGCUACCAGCCUCCCUCUGACCUUGCUGUGUGUGUGUGUGCCUCAGACACAUUGAUUUAGUCUUUACGCUUGCUGCUCUUCACCCCUCUGCCCCCACAGUGACUGACAGAUGACAAAUACACAUCAGUAAUUCACUGAACUCAAACACUGCAGAGUGACAAUAUGUCCCAUGCUGAUUUAAAUAUCUACCGGUAAACAAACAUCACAUGACAUGAAGGAGUAAGUGAGCUAGUACCUUGCUGAAAACAGAGUGACUUGUCAGAGAGUAUAAAUUGUUGAUUUAAAUAUAUAGCCAUUAAUGAGCUUGCCUUUAAUCAUCUGCAAGUGGGAUGCAUUCCGUUCUCUUACUGUUGGAUCAAGGUCAAACCUCUUGAAGUGCAGAUUGGCUUGAUUCACUAUGUUGGGUGGCUCUGUGAACAAUGCAGCAGAUAAGAAAUAGUUACUCUAAAGACUUCAAUUAGCUUUUUAAACUAAUCCUCCCGAGUGAGUCUUUAGUUAAGCUAGGUCUUUAUUUAAUGUGGCCAAUUUAGAAUAUUAGUAUUCAGCUAAUCAGCUAAUCUUAACUGACUGUUACUCUCAGUACACUCAUGAGUGUAAUCAGGUACUAAUGUCAGGGUGUUUUUCAUUUUAAAUAUGUUGUAAAAUAGUUGAGAAUGGCAGUAAUAUAUCACUGCAAUGAAAACUAAACUCUUGUUCAGGAGCUUUUAGUAAUAAAUAUAUGGUGUUGUGCAUCUGGUCCAGAGCUGAAGGGGGAUUCAUCUUUUUUAAUCAUUUGGAAUAUAACUCGUAUCCUGUGUUUCCUGCACUCAGUUAAUUAAAUUUACCUACAAAUGACAUUUGGAACAGUGACUCAAAGGAAGUUUAAAGACUGUAGAAUAUCUUCAUAUUUAGGUGACUCCCAAUUGUGGGGGUGAUGAUAUCUCCCCCCCUGACCUGUCGUCCUGGCUCCCCCUUGCCAUAGCAUUCAUGUUGUACCUUGUCAGCCUCUAGUUGUGAUAGCACGUGCUUCUUGUGGAUGUUAGAACACUUGUAUAGUAGCAUUCCAGUAGUUCCCUGUUCUCAUCUCUUGUCCAUGAAUGUCUUGGUCUUGUUCCAGUAGCCCACUUCCCAUCAGGUUGCCCUCAGUGUGGACCUUACUGACCCGUUCUACAUCCGAGCCUGUUGACUCCUGUGUUUUCCAACUCUUAUUACCAAUGAGGAUGCUUUGCUGCGGCUGGCGGCAGUUGUUGACUCGCACUCGCUGCGAGUGGCCCUUCGAGACAGUGUACAGGAGCUGCUUCCCAGCACGGAGUGUGUAUGUGUCUACAUGCUGGAGGGAGACCUGAGGCUGCUGUCUGAUGACCCGCCACAUGAACUGCCACAGGAGGGAAAGAUCAGGAGUAUCGCGGACCAGCUGAAGCGAUGUCAGUGUGCUGGCCUUCCCCCCUCUGAACUGCCGGAAAAGUACAGAAUCUGCCUUGCAGCACCGUUGCCAGCACACAGAAGAGCUGUUGUCAUUCCUCUCUUGGACCAGACACAGCACAGGGCCAUUGCUGUUUUACUGGUUGGCUGUAAUCCACUCUCCGAUCAGGAUGAACUGCAUCUUAACAUCCUGGAAAAACAUGCCUCAGUGGCGUGUGUGCGAGUCCAGGCUGUUCAGACGUCAUACCAGAGGCCUCCUCUCAGCCCCUCACUCAUGCAGUCCCACAAUGCACUGCUGUACCCCAAUGUCUCACAACAGGACUACUGCGAGCUGGACCGCAACAUUCUGCAGCUCUGUGGUGAGCUCUGUGACCUUGAUGCAGCCUCUCUCCAGCUCAAAGUCAUCAAUUAUCUGCAGCAGCAGACUCGGUCGCAGUGUUGUUGUCUGCUACUGGUGUCUGAGGACAACCACCAGCUAUUUUGUCAGGUGGUUGGUGACAAAGUGCUGGAGGAGGAGAUCAGCUUCCCGCUGAUGUUUGGGCGUUUUGGUCAAGUUGUCGAGAAGAAGAAGUCAAUUACCCUUCAGGACAUCAGUGCUGAGGAGCGCAGGCAGCUGUCCAGUAUGUUGGGCUGUGAGAUCUCCUCCAUGCUUUGUGUACCAGUGGUCACCAGGGCAACCGGUCAGGUGGUGGCGCUAGCGUGCGCCUUCAACAAGCAGGGUGGGCAGAGACACACAGAGGCAGAUGAGCAUGCCAUCCAGCACUGCUUCUGUUACACUUCAACAGUCCUCACUUCAACUUUGGCCUUCCAGAAAGAACAGAAACUCAAAGUGGAAUGCCAGGCACUCUUACAAGUGGCCAAGAAUCUCUUCACACACUUGGAUGAUGUGUCAGUGCUGUUACAGGAAAUUAUAGUGGAGGCCAGAAACCUCAGCGAUGCAGAGAUCUGUUCUGUGUUCCUGCUGGACCGCGUCAGUCAUGAGCUGGUGGCGAAAGUGUUUGAUGGCGGUGUCGUUAGUGAUGAGGAGAAGGAGUUUCGUAUCCCAGCAGAUCAAGGCAUCGCAGGCCACGUGGCAACCACUGGUCAGAUCUUGAAUAUUAAGGAUGCCUACUCCCAUCCACUGUUUUACCGAGGCGUGGACGACAGUACAGGCUUCAAGACCCGCAACAUCCUCUGCUUCCCCAUCAAAGAUGAGAACAACGAAGUGAUUGGGGUGGCUGAGUUGGUGAACAAAAUGAACGGGCCAUGGUUCAACCGCUUCGAUGAGGACCUCGCCACAGCUUUCUCCAUUUACUGCGGCAUCAGUAUCGCCCAUUCUUUGCUCUACAAGAGAGUCCAUGAAGCUCAGUUCAGGUCCCACCUGGCCAAUGAAAUGAUGAUGUACCACAUGAAGGUUUCAGAGGAAGAGGUGACUAAGCUGCUGGUGACAGGGCUCGAGCCAGUGAAGGAGAUCCACCCCUGCUUCGCCGAGUUCACGUACACACCUCGCUCCCUGCCUGAUGACACCACACCCACAUGUGUCCUCAGCAUGUUUGAAGAUAUGGGUUUCAUCAACACAUACAAGAUUGACAUGCACACUCUCGCAAGGUUCUGUCUGAUGGUGAAGAAAGGUUACAGGGACCCUCCCUACCACAACUGGAUGCACGCCUUUUCUGUCUCACACUUCUGCUACCUGCUCUAUAAAAACCUAGGGCUGUCCAACUACCUCGAGGAUAUAGAGAUUUUAGCACUCUUUGUCUCCUGUAUGUGCCAUGACCUGGACCACCGUGGCACUAACAAUUCUUUUCAAGUCGCCUCGCAAUCUGUGCUGGCUGCUCUCUACAGCUCAGAGGGAUCUGUGAUGGAGAGACAUCACUUUGCCCAGGCCAUCGCUAUUCUGAACACUCAUGGCUGCAACAUCUUUGAGAAGUUCAACAGGAAGGACUACCAACGCAUGCUGGAUUUGAUGAGAGACAUCAUUCUGGCCACAGACCUGGCUCACCACCUUCGCAUUUUCAAGGACUUGCAGAAGAUGGCUGACGAUGGAUACAACGCAAAAAGCCGCACCCACCGUUCCUUGUUGUUGUGCCUAUUGAUGACAUCGUGUGACCUGUCAGACCAAACCAAGGGCUGGAAAACCACACGCAAGAUUGCUGAACUGAUUUAUAAAGAGUUCUUCUCUCAAGGAGAUCUGGAAAAAGCCAUGGGGAACAGGCCCAGUGAGAUGAUGGACCGAGAGAAAGCGUACAUCCCAGAACUACAGAUAUGCUUCAUGGAACACAUUGCCAUGCCCAUCUACAAGCUGCUGUCUGAACUGUUUCCUGGGGCCACUGAGCUGUAUGAGAGAGUGGCAGCAAAUCGGGAGCAGUGGACCAAAGUGUCCCACAAGUUCACCAUUCGUGGGUUGCCUAGCAACAACAGCCUAGACUUCCUGGACCAGGAAUAUGAGCUACUGCAAUCCCAGGGUGCUUUUGGGAGCGAUGACCACUGCCUCAAUGGUUGCCUUGACGAUGCAGAUGGAGGGAGGGGUCAGUGAAAACACAGGCUGCUGGCGGUUUCCUGAAGUUUUCUGUGGUCCAAUAAGAGGCUGAGGAUACCUUUUUAGUGACCUAAGAGGGAGGGGUCUCUCUGCUGUCAAUCACCUAGCUGCUUAGCAGGCCAUGCAGAAUGGACAGGGCAAAGUUUCAAAGUAACUGAAUCAAACAAGUGAUUUGAAACCAGUGGAUCCAUCUGAGCCGAUUCAGUGAUUAGAUGCUACAUUUUGCUUGUGUCUCCAGUUCAGGAAAGCAGAGGGUGGUGACUUUUUCAGCAGUUAUACUGGAAAAAACCACAAGCUAACCACAAGCUCAUUCAUGCAGUACCAAUCCUGAUUAAGAUUGUAAAAACACACACACUGACACACGUGUACAUGCGCAUAUUGUUUAGACAUACAAGACAGAGAAAAAAACCUUCUCAUUCUUAUGGAAAAAAGAACUUCAACAUGUACCAGUGUGAUAAAAUGCUAUACUUUCUGUAAAAUGUUUCAUAAUAGCUUAUAUUGAUUUCAGUGACUCAGCUUUGUUCACACACAAGCAGCUGCCAUAGCCUCUCACCCGAUGCUUAAGAACGCAUGUUGUAUGAGCGCCUCAUGUAUUAUUCCUUUUAUCUGGGUCAGUGCCAAUUUCUCCGUGGCUAAGAAAUUAACGCAGCCCAUUUUUAUACCAUCAGAACAGAUUUUUGCAUACAGCUGUUCAAAGUAUAUUCAGUUCAUUCAUGAGCAUCAAGUUGUACAAGGGGAGUUGCUGUUCAUCUGCACAAACAGUUUAACCGUCAUGUACAGUUCCUCAUUUUAUGUUUGUUUAAAGGGACAAUCUGACAAUCACGACAGAGUCACAGAAUCCUCAACAAUGACUCCUCACUCUGUGCAUUAAAGUUUAAAAACACACCCCUGCAUGCAGUUGUAAGUGUGCAACUCAAAGGCCACUCAUGACCUAAAACCCUCACCAUUGAUUCCAAUCCCACCUUUUUCACUUACUUUAAUUUUUUUUUUACUUUACUGAUUUUCUCAAAAGAAAAAGAAAACACUUCAGACAGAGAGCAACUGAAGCCCUUUAAAAGAUCCCAUCUCAUCUGUUAGUGUAAAUGUGCCAGAGUAGAGCGUGUUAUAUGGAUUGUCACUGAGUGCGUCAUAUGGAUCUGCCUUAUUGCGCAUCUUCGCUGCCUUUCGUAGAGCUUUUAAUAUAUGAAGAUUGAAAUAAAGUGUCUGUUUAGUCUGUAUGUUGUAUAUUUGUUAUAGACAUUGUUUGAGUAUCAUUGUGUUGAUUGAAAGAUGACCUGUCUCAGAAGAUGUAUAUUUGUGAAAUAACUCUGAUGACCUCAGAUGUCAUGAUAUUUCACUUCCUACUUUAAGUUGUGUAUACAACCAACAGUGGAUAUUAGGCAGAUGCAGUAGUGAUUUUUCAGGUCUCAGUGUACCCAGAAUUGCUUUAAAAAAUAACUAGAAAUGUAGCCAUCAUAUCAGUUACUCUUUCCAGAAAGCAUCAACAAGUCACAACUCCUAUACUCUAAAGGAAAAUUAGAGUUAAGUUUUCAGAUUGUGACUCAUGGGAAACUUGAGAUGUAGGAGCAGAGGAGGUUUGUGUUACAAUAUGCCAUAUUCAGUUUUCACUUACAGUGCUUUAAAUUGAAAAAUGCUGCAGAGGGCAAGAUAUAAAGAGAAUAGUGUCAUGGAGAGAAACGUCAGAGACGGACAACACUGAAGGCUGUGCAUGGAGGGUGAGUGUGGGUGGAUGGACAAGUGGGUGUAUGAGAGAGAAAGAAAGAAUGAGGAAGGACUGGAGAUAGUUCAGCAUCAUGAGAGAAAUGUUUGGUGUCACCCAUCUUUACAAAGCUGGUGUUGACAGAUCUUAUCUGCUAGGAUUUCUUAUAUUAUCUCCCCUUUUAUGCAGCUCUGAUAGUGUUAAUGAAAGUAGAUAAAAGCAAAAGUACCGCAAUCAUAGGAUUUAAAUUUAUAAUUUCUUAAAGGGGUCUCAUGAGGGUGCAUUAGGAAGGAAGAUUAAUUGGUUCGCAAAGUGGUUUGAUGUAUGUGUCACACCGACACUGGGAUAUGCAUUAGCACAACUGGAUGACAUUGUCUGAUCUGCCCUGGUCUGCAUUGUGGGCUGAAUAUUUUUACUAUAAAGUUUGUAAAGGGCAUACAAGUGUGUUUGUAGAAGAGCUGCUCUUUCAAGCUCUUCUCUCACAUGUGGUUUUCCCUUACCCGUUAUUUUCAAACCACUGUUUCAUACGUACCUGCCUUGUUCAUGUGCAAUAUGAAGUGUCUGCCUCUGUGAUGUUGCAUAGACUUCUAUGUACCGUAGAUACUAAAUUAUUACUGUAGGUCUGAGUUUUAAAAUGCAUUUAAGUGUUCGCUCAUGAUGUUUCCAUUGGAGAAAAAAAACAGUCAGUGGUUUGUGACCAUUUUAAUCCUGAAAUGCUUUUGAGAGUCAGGACGUGGGACAGUUUUCUAUUCUGUGUGUGUAUCUGUCCUUUUAUGUUUGUUUUAGAAAGUCAGGGCUAUACUGUAUGUGCCAAGCAAACAUGUUCUACUUGCUGGCCAAGCUGCAGAGUGAAAACUAUCUAAGUUAAAUAUUUUUGUUGCGUGACAACAAGGUCUGUGUUCUUAAGAACCUUUUUUGAUAUGUUGUGACCAGGUUUGUAACUGCGGCUCAUCCAGGAAGUAUGAACCCGAACUAUUUCCCAUGAUCACAGAACAGCAGGACUCUAACCUGUGAUGUAACAUCAUUGUAAUGAUCACCUAUGACAUAAUCGUUAAAAGUGGCACAAAUAUAUUUGCUGUAAAUAUCAAGGUUUUAAAAGAAAAUGUUACUUGAUUGUCUAUCAUUAUUACAAUGGGAAGUAUUUCAAUUCUGUAACGUAUUUAAAGUGGUUGCAUUCUGUUCUCUCUUUUUUUUAUGCCAUUCUUGAACAACCCCAAGCUUAGACUUUUAGACUGAGGGGAUGAAAGAAAACUAUACAUGUAUUUAGGAUAUACAUAUGAUAUUCUACCACAAAUAAGAACCCAAACUCAUUUGUAAUGUAUACAUGAUGCUCAUACUGAGGACUAAAUCCAGUCAGCUGUUAAUUAUUUGUUUUGUUGAGUUCUGAGUGCUGGUGGUCUUGUUCUAUUUCAGAUGUAAUGAACAAGGAUAUUUUUGACAAGACAAAUGGAUUGUUUUUUUUUUUCUUGGAAUAAAUUUGGUG